AUGGCUACCAUUGCAAAGAGACCCUCCUUGCAGGGUCCAGUACCACCACCGCGCAAGAAGACCACCCCCAAACCAGAGCCGACGGAGGAGCAGAAGCAGGAGAUCAGAGAGGCCUUUGAGCUGUUUGAUACUGAUGGAUCUGGCUUUAUUGAUGUUAAAGAGCUCAAGGUGGCAAUGAGGGCUCUGGGGUUCGAACCAAAGAAAGAGGAGAUUAAAAAGAUGAUCAAUGAAGUGGACAAACAGGGUACCGGAAAGAUCUCCUUCACCGAUUUUCUAGCUGUCAUGACCCAUAAAAUGGCUGAAAAAGAUUCAAAGGAGGAAAUCCUAAAAGCUUUCAGACUCUUUGAUGAUGAUGAAACGGGAAGGAUCUCAUUCAAAAAUAUUAAAAGAGUGGCCAAAGAGCUGGGAGAGAACCUCACAGAUGAAGAAUUGCAGGAAAUGAUUGACGAGGCAGACAGAGACGGUGAUGGAGAAGUAAACCAGCAGGAGUUUCUCCGCAUCAUGAAGAAGACAUGCUUGUACUGA